CUACUAUAUAACAAAUAAUUUGAGAAUUAUGUCACAAUGACAAAGACAGUUGAGAAUUAUUCAUGUCCGUAAUAUGUGUAAAAUCGGAAUAUGGGACUUGGCAACGAGUAUGAGAGCAUAGUUGAAACUGACAUCGAAAGUGAGAUCAAGAACCACCUCAAGGAAGGCAUUCAAAAGCUACUCGUACUCACAAACAAGUCAAUUGAAUUGGAGGAAGCUGCAUUAGAUGAGUUUGGUCAGAUCAUCUUCACCCUUUUACAAGAAUUAGUUGACUGCGCCCCACUUACCACUAAAGAUGUUGAAGAUUAUGUCUCCAGAGCAUACCCAGAAGACAUAUACAAAGAGUGCAAGCUAAAGGGACAAGCUGUCUACAACAAACUACACAAGAAAAGGGGCACUAUUAGCAGGCGUAUUAAUGAUGGGUUAAAACUGAAAUUUCCUGUUGAGGCCAUAUUUCUUUCUUGUAAAAAAGAAUGGGACCGCCGUGGUGGAAGUGUGGAGUACAAGCUCAUCGUUUACAUGUUAGCCAUGUUAGAACACAUCGCUACACUGUUACUGAAGCGCGCAUCUGCGCUUGUGGAGGAACUGUCCAAGAAUAGUGGUGGGAACACUAAACCAGUCAUUACCUGCAAAUACAUCAAGAUUGCACGAAACUAUCAUGAGGAAUUGCGGAAGUUGUUUGCAGAUGAACGAAGGGGAACUGUGAUGAAGCCAGCUUUUAGAACAGAACCUGCUCAGACUUACGAAGAGGCAGUCAGACGAUUUAUGUCAGAUCAAGCUAAUUACAUAAGGGAUUUACAGAUUAUUGUCAACAAAAUCAUGCCAAUUUUCGCCAAAAAGGAAUCAGGACUAUCAGAAGACAUGGUCGAUUUGCUGUUUGGAAACGUCAAAGAAAUCUUACUUUUUGAGUUAAUAUUUCAAAACGACCUGGAGGAAGCCAAGGAAAUGAUCAGACAAGACUCCUCAUUUCACGUUGGAGUUGUUUUUGUCGAGAAAGCUCUGGUUGAAGAUUAUGACGUUUACGCGUACUAUGCGAAUAACUACAAGGAUGUUGUCCCCAUAUUUGAGAAACUUCUUGAUGAUCCAGAAUUUGUCUCUUAUCUAGAGGGGGAAGUCGAGAGUCUAGGAUUUACACAACCGUAUGUGACAGACAGGAUUAUCCCUCGUUUUAUGGGAACGCUGCUCAAGGAACCUUUGUAUCAUCUGCUUCAUAUUCAUCAGACUGUUGAUGAUUUACUUACUUUUAUGAGUGCCCCGAAUCUGAACACAGAAGAAGACAGAAAAAACGAAGUGGAGUUUUUGAAGCAAACCAUGGAAAACUUUGCAAGGAUUUCAGAUAUCUUGCUGCAGAUAGAGCAAGACUAUCCACACAGGGACAAUGCUCCUCACCUUACACCAAGAAAAGCUGGCGUCCUGAGAGCAUACAGUGCUUUCGAGAAGAUCGAACAUUUUGGGGAGAGCUAUCAGACCUUCUCCCAGAUCUGCAGCGAGCACAUUCUUAAUGGAAACUUGUACAUCGCUACAGAUAAACGAGAACCAAAACUGAAGCACUGCUACUUAUUUGACGGCAUGAUCAUCAUAUGUGCAAGGGACGUAAACGCCAAAGCAACCAACCUCCGAACCCCCUUCAAAGAAAAGUACUUGGUCAAGGAUCUGACUCAGAUCAAUGAUUAUGGUCCUGAAGAUGCUUGCUUUGAUGUUGUGUUCAGAGAUACAGAAAUUAAGUUCCAAGCGAAGAACUGGCGUCACAAAGAUGAGUGGGUAUCAGCUCUGUUGAUCCUCACUGCUCGAAAGGUCCUCACUCAAGUGGCACAACAGGAAGAAACUACCUAUCUAGACUUUUAUUCUCUUCUCCCUAGCCAAUAUGGGUUUACGGAGCCGGAUACAGACAGCAAUAUUCGGUUUAUCGACAACAAGUCCAAGAGUUACACCUCCAUACCUACCAUCGCUCAGGGGACACUAGCUAAGCUUGUCGAGCGAGUCACUUACCAUAAAUACACAGAUUUGGCACUAGUGAAGCAGUUUUUGACGACAUUUCGGUUUUUCGCAAAACCUCGCGAGAUCUUGGAACUGCUGAUGCAGAGAUACGAUAUUCCUCUUCCAGAAGACUUGGAGAACAACACAGACGAUAUUGUCAAGAUCGAAAUAAAGAAGAGACUACAAAAAGAGUACAUAAAACCAGUACAACUACGUGUUAUCAACGUUAUGCGACACUGGAUUGAUUAUCACUUUGAUGAUUUUGAAAAGGAGACGGAACUUGUGUCAAUCAUGAUGGGAUUCUUUGAAGUUUGUAAACGAAAGCAGACCACAAUGAGAAAGUGGAUAAACCCGCUGGAGAGGACUAUACAGAGGAAACAGGAGCACCAGCAAAGAAAGAGAGGGGACAGUGUGGUGGGGAGCUCUGAACCUGUUGUCUGGCAUCUCUCCCGGCUCCAGGAAGAGUACUCCUUGUUCUCCUUACAUCCUCUGGAGAUCGCAAAACAAGCGACCUUGAUUGAAAACGAGUUUUACAGAAGCGUCACCCCUCAAGAGUUACUCGGGUCACACGAAGAGAAACAGGGUGGCAACAUGGCUAAGAUGGUCAACUUUUCGGAGCGCUUUGUCUUCUGGAUCCGCCAGAGCAUUGUGGAGACUCAGAACCUUGAUGAGCGGAUAUACGUAGCUUCCCGAGUUUUCGAAGUUAUGGAGUAUCUGAAAAGUAUGAACAACUACACUGGUGUGUUCGAAGUUAACAGUGCUUUGAGAAGUGCGGAGGUUUACCGAUUAGACCACACCGUUAAGAAGCUCUUCAAAGAGAAAGAAGAAGUCCUGAAAGAAGUUGGUGAUUGGCCAGCAAUGAAUUUUAAGAGCUACAAAGAACUGUUGAAGAACUGUGAUCCUCCUUGCAUACCUUUCAUUGGGAUUUACAAAACGAAGAUAAUGCACACACAAGACGGAAACCGAGACAGGAAGGACGAAAUGAUAAACCUGACCAAGUUCCGUAUGAUAGCUGAUAUUAUCUCGGAGAUUAAACUCUAUCAAAAUGAGAGAUAUAAUUUCGCUCCUGAGGACUCGAUUCAGGAUUUCUUGAGGAAUUUGGAUCCUUUUAGAGGUCGAACGUCCGACGAGCUGCAGACAGAUUUGUACAAUUUGAGUCUGGAUAUAGAACCGAAAGGAGCUCCACCUAAAGCUUAUCCUCGUACCAAUAAGUGGAACAUAACUGUGGUGCCCCAAAAAGUGAAAAGAUCAGGAUCGUUGAUGGGAGCAGGCAGGGCGGGAAAAUCAGACUCAGUUCGGCGCCACAGAGACAGCAGUCUUAGUGACGCUAGCGAGGGCGGUCUCAGGACUCCUGGUAGCAAGAAUACGGUGUCUCCUGGAAGCACCAGAUCUCCAAAAGAGUUCUUUGGGUACAAGUUUUCAAACAGUGGCCGAAGUGCCACCAGUGAUCACGAAUCACCCGAGUGUUCGCCCGUCCUACCUCCCUCCACAAGUGAAGCUUCGGACGACUGCACAGAACCUUCUCCACGAACCUUAUCUCGAGCCGACUCAGCAGAAGAUUCACCGAAACCCCCUAUUCCGGCUCGAGAUCCCAAACCGCCAGCUCCACCAGUUCCACCAGUCCGCGAUCCAAUUCUUCCGCCAGCGCCCCCAGCCAGGAAGAAAAGUGCAGUAGGGUUGCCAUACACCAUCCGAGAAAAGCAGUCUCCGACCACUUCCCCCUCGGAUGACGGAGAAUAUCUAGAUACGAUAUUCAACAAAGCCCCACCUCCGCCGGCGUCACCCAAACCCCCGCCUACGCCGCCCAAAGCGAGCCCUCUGCCGCCUAAAGGCGGUCACGUACCUCCUAAAUCUGCACAACUUCCUCCUAAACAAAGUCCGAUGGUUGCUCCUAACACUCCACCCAAAAUACCUCCACACCACCCGCCAAUGCCAAAGAGGUUGAGUUCAACAACCCCACUUGCCAGCAUCAUCGAGACGAAGGAACGGGAUUCAUCCGGUACAUCAGGUGAGUCGUUAUCUGAUAUCCACGCUGCAGCUAAGUUGGUUCACAUAGACGAACGGAGCCACGUUCCUGGGAUGGUAAGGCUGCCCCUGCACGGCCAAUGGGUGUCACCGGGUGUCAGCAGUCGGAACAGUGGAGCCUCCAGUCGACACAUUUACUCUUCAGCUACCGAUCAUCGGGAUCAUGCGCAUGUUCGGCAGAAGAAGAACAAACCACCUCCGUUGUCGGUAUCCACCUCACCAACUCAGGCUCCACACCCCAUCACACCUACUCGCCCGACCUCCGUCUCUUCUGACGCGAGGAAACCGCCGCCACUGCCGCCCAAAACCGCCAGCAGGGCGCCCAUGCCAAAACCGGGCCCGCCGCCCUUGCCGCCUAGACGAACUAGCAAAUAGUGGUGCCGUUUUUGCAUGAGGGCUUGUGCAGUUGUUUUAUAGCUCAAUAGUAGCAGGUUUAUUGUAAAUUGUUAGGCUGGGAAGGCAGAGUAAGGUGAUGAACUCAAAACUACCUUGGAUUGAAGGUUUUAGAACUUGAGGAAGGUGAACUGGUUGUUCUGAAAGAUUGUUCUAGAAGUUUAGGAAGGUGCUGGUGAUUCUGAGAUCCUUCUCACGCAACAUUCUGAUCUAUGAUUUACACUGUGAUUACAAGAUUGUUAUUUUUGAUAAAUUUUGAUUUUUCUUUUAUAUAAUUCUUGAAUUUAAACUUGAUGAUAUUGAGAUUUAACAUUUUUUCCCCUCUAAACUCACCUCACAAAAUUGGCGUGCUCCCUUGCGGUGUGCUGCCGAAGAAUCCCCGCAACAUUCAUAACCCCCGAAAUUACGUCCCUAUAUUCUUGGAUAUUUCGGCAGUGGGAUAAAUUGCUGAGGCUAAGAUUUUCCACAUUUCAUAAUGCUGUGGCUUGAGAUAUAAGAUUAUGACUAUUUUAAGUUAGACGGUCCGGCCGUUGCGGUAAGGGAACCCCUUCGCUGUUGAUAUGUUCACAUUUAGUUAACUUAUUGAAACGGGGAAAUCAAACCCAGUGUAAUUACAGAAUCUAGCUUUAGGUUUACGAAUUGUGUUAGGUUUAUGUUUUUGUGGUUAAGCUCCCUUCUUGUCACCUGUUUCAGGUGUCACCUUAUCUGUCACCUAAUAAUUUUCGGUACAUGUUUGUAUCUGUUUGUAGUCGGUUUUAUGGCUUUUAGUUUGUAAAGUUUAUAGCAGCUAGCUCGAUUUAGUUUUCUAUAUUAUUUUGGUUUUCUAAUCAACACUUUUUUUAGUAUUCUCUAAAUCUUAUACAUUUGUACUGUUGAAUUUUGCGAGUAUGAAACGGCGGCAACAAUUUGUACUUUCUUGCUCUUUAAAUUCUUUAUCCAAUGAAUAUGCGAGUGAAUUGCCGAUAGCUUAUUGUAUAAAAUCGUUUUGAAACCUUUAUCAUUUAUAUAUUUGAAA